CGAAUGAUUUUCAAAAGUUUAACCAAGUUUAACCGUAAACGUUGAAUGACUGAUCUGGUGAGAACAUAAGUUUAAACGAAGAAUUAAGUAUUUAAUAAGUAGUUGAAACUUUCCGGCAUAUAUUACUCAGGCUAGGAAAGCAUGUGGGUCGGGCAAUAAUCCUCCGUGAUUUGAGAAUACGUCGAAGCUGCUGAGAUGAGUGACCUAAUAGAUUUAAGUAGCCCGGAUUCAAAAAAUAGUGGGAUUCUGAAGUUAGCAUCUCCUUUAAUACCAACUCCUACUGUUUCUACAAACGACGAAGGCAGCGUUUCAUCGAAUUUAGAGACCGUUGGAAAACUCAACAGCUUGGAGAAUAACCCAUUUGAUAAGGUCUUCCAUGAAACAGCAGAAUACAUAAGUAAAAAGAAUGAUCCGUUUGAGAUAGUUCUUGAAAAAGUGUUAAAGUCCAAAGAAGAAUGUGUUAAUUCAAAAGCCCAUUUCAUGAAGUUCAAAGAUGAUUUUACUCCCAAGCGAACGAGGCAUUCUGAUAUUCUAAAGAUGAAUAAAACAUUAGAUGAUUCUUUAAUUGAACUGGUACCAAAUUCAUCGUCAAGCAGAAAAUAUGGGUUUACCUUGUCAGAAAAUGAGAGUCUCGUACAUGAUCUUAAUAAUACUAGUUUACUCAGUGAAAACUAUCAAAAAAGUGAAUUGAGUAAUUUUUUAUUGAGAGAAGGAUUUAAACCACCAAACAUUAUGAUAUGUCCACCCAGUCCUAUUGACUUAUCGAUAUUAAAUAAUUCUGCCAUGAAUGACUCGCUAAUGGAAAGCAGCCGUAACACUUCAGAAGAAGAUCAGAUUAAAUAUCUCAUUGCUCAAAGAGUAUCGAUCAUUGAAAAAGGCACAAACAAAAGUGAAUAUUUAGCCAAGACUAAUGACUUUAAGAAACAUAAACUUUGGAGAUCCUUAUCCCAUGGGGAUAAACUGUCCCCUAAGGCAAAGAUACCUUUCAAGCAGAGGACUCAAUCCAUAGUUGAGUCGCUCAAAGUGGGAAAACCUGAUAGUGAAAGUUCAUUGAGUAAUCCUUCAAUUCUCUCAGAUGAUCCAUUUAAUACAGCAUUUUUAAUGAGACAAAUGAGUAACAGUUCCGUUGGUACCGGUCUUUCGAGCAUUUCGUCUAUAUCGAGACUAAACUCUGAUUCAUCGUGGUUUAAAUCGUCGUUAUCAGUUUUUUCUGAUGGCACCAUGAAUCAAGCCUUUCUAAGAGAUGAUUCAAAGGAUGGCAACAAUACAAGGAGUGAAACAUCGAGACUGAAUUCUGCUUCUUUAGUAUUUAAUAAAUCUCCAGUUUUACAUAGUGGUUCUGCGAAUCAACUCUUUCAAAACAAUAGUCAAGGGAAUGAAAUGUUAAAUGCAAAAUCUCCUUAUUCGCUUUCUGUUAAAUCUACCAGUUCGUUAGGGUUAAAUGUUCCUUCGAAACAGCCAAUUGCCAUUUUUGACUUGGCAGAAAAAUUUCAAAAACUUAGAAUGCAGUCGGAAACACCAUCUACUACUACCAGCCUUGAUGGCGCAUCGACUACAGGCACAGUUAAGACAUCUAUUAUAGAAAACCAGUGCACGGAUAGGAGCAAGUUAAUAGACAUAGAUGAUUUUAUAACUCCUGCAGUCUCGACAUCUUUGCAUCAGAAUUGCAAGAAUUCAUCAUCCACCAGUUCAACUCCAGAUUCUGUGUUCUUUGAAAACAGCAGCAUUGAUAAAUCAAUAUUGUUCCAAGCCAAGGCACUUGCAAAAACAUUUGAGCAAUUAGCAGAAAAAACUGUGUCGGGUUCUUGUAGUAGUGGCGAUGAUUUGGUAUCUAGUCAACCUCAAUGGAAUUUUGAUCUACUGCCGGUAUCGGAUGAUGAACAAGUCGUAGAUAACUUAAUUGAGUUACCUCCGUCGCCAAACGCAGCUUCAAACCCCAGUGCAAACACUGAAUUACAAAUUGUGAAGGAAAGUUCAUUGCAAAACUUAAACGACCUUAAAAAAGACAAGAACACGAUCAAAGAAUUAGAAAUGGAAUUCAUUGAUCCCCUAUCUACCGAAAAGAAAGCCGUUGCAGCUACAUUACUGUUAGAUCUCCAAAAACUAAUUAAGACAGAACACAAUUCCAAGGCAAAGAAGUUGCUCGAUAAUUUGGAGAAAGCUCUUGGGAUUAAUUAUGUGAGCAAUGUUGAAUUAUUGACAACUUGUUUGCAAAAUACCAAUGAUUUAACAAAAAGUUCUCGAACAUCAGACGGCCAAGUGGACUCCGUGGAUGAUAUGAAAAACGAUAGCGCUGAUAAUAGCCGGGAAGAAAACCUAAACAUAAUAUCGUUGGAAAGUACGAAGGAGUUUGAACAACAGGAAAGUACAAACUUAAGCGAUAAUCUUAAUACGGAUAAAGAAAUUAAUAAAACCAAUAAAUCUCUUAUUUUUGUAAACGAAGGGCUUGCGGACAUUUCACCCAUAGAGAAUACACAUUCUGAAAGAUCCGUGGAAAUGAUUUCCGAUGAUUCCAUAAAUAUUGAAAAGAAAAGAGGGAGAAGUACAGCUGAUGAAAAAAUGGCAAUGGAACUCCUUGUUAGUUUGGGAAAAGUUUUAAAUGGUCAGAAUGUUGAUUCUUCAACGAUGUCAUUACUGCAAAAUUUAGGAAAGGUUUUAAAUUUUGCUACCAGUCAAUCUAAUUCCGAAUAUGAACAAAUUGAUGAUCGAUGUCCUCCAAAAAUUGCGAAAGUAACCCCAUCAAUGAAUACAUUUAACAAGCAACAAGUUAAUUCAUCUGAACAACAGCCACGUUUACCAAAAUCAGCAAGUAGAAGAAGUUUGGAUUCAACGAUGCAUACAAGUAAAAGAAAUGUAGACUUAUCAGCAAAUCCAAAAUCGGUCCCUGAAAAGACUCUCAGAAGGAGUAUCUCUAUAAGCCAAACAACUACUAGUGCCAACAAAAUAGCCAAUUCGCCUAUUGCAAAGGAUAAGCAUAUGCCGCAAUUGAAAGAGGUAAAAAAACGUUUCUCAAGUGAUCCCGGUUUUGGUGUAACGACCGAUGCUAAGACAAGAGCUGAAUUAAGCAUAAUAAAUAAAAAGACCCCAUUAAUGAAAGAUAAUAGAUCAAAGUCUAUCACCAUACCCGAAUUGCAGACUAGUAAGUCGUCGAGAGUAGUAAAUGUGGUAAAGAAUAAAUUGAAGAAAAAAACAAACCCUGAGAUAUUGGGUAAAAAGGGUCCGUUGAGAGCACUUGUGCCAUUAGGCAGCAUGCAACGUCGAGGUUCAUUGGGAAAGAAAGUAGGUCCAACGAUGAGUCCAAGUACACCGCCAAAGUCCACUCAUGAUGCUCCAUCAGUUUUCACGGUAACUAGCAGCACACCAAACCCUACGGUGAACAUUUCCGGUCCAAUGAAAUCUCCGAAAAAUAAGCCGGUGGCCUCGUCGACUCCGGAUGCUGCUAACAAGAUUCGCAGAGUCAAGGUUCAAAUUUCCCAGGCAUCUGCAAAGCGCAACAUUUCAUGUAAUAUUUCGCCGGUAACAUCAAAGAUAAGCGCUAGUAAUGGUGACAGUAGCGGUGGCUCAAAGAGAAGUUCAAAAAUCUACCGAUUAAACAAGACAUUGUCUCCGCCGAACGAAAAGACAUCUACAGUUCGUCCAGCGGAUUCGACCGAGUCCAGUAUUCCGAAGUAUUCUCCUUUUUCGAGUACCCGAAAAAAGAAUUCCUUCAGCGAUAUAAAGAAGUUACACCGCCGGUCAGAACCGUUUAAAUUUGCGAUCCCUAAAGAUUGUAAUAAAUUAGAAAAAUCACCGACUCCAAGGAACAAUAAAGAAGUUGAAGAACUGCAAAGUCCUCUGAAGAAUAAUAAUAAAUUGGUCACAAAAAUGAAGCCGUCUACCUUGAUAUCAAAGCUUCGGCGAUGUAGUAGUGGAGCAAAUAUUAUCGGAAAGGAGAAUCGUCCAUGAUUAAUUUAUAUUUGUAAGUAACUGCUUUGAUCAUUGCUCCCUCGUAUUAUGGAGAAUAAUAUAAUAAGAUAUCAAAAAUAAGGCUCAUAAAAACCAAUUCAUUCGUUGGUGUUUUAUAAGAAUGAGUUGACCACCUCAAUCACCUUUGGACGUAAUGCAGUAUUCUAUACGUUUUGUAAUAAAAUGUUCUUGAACUUGA